AUGCAAGAACAAGAAUGUGUUUUUGAUGCAGCUCCAAUGCAUAUGGAGAUGGCUCGUGUAGCGGAACCCGCUCAGCACGCAUUAAGCACCGAGUUCAUCAUUACCAAACCGGCAGCUAUUCCAUCGGAUGGUGCCGAGCACAAGGUUACAAUUGGUGUGGUUGACGUCACACCUCAGAUGAUUCAUGAGUGUGUUCCAUGCAAGAAUACCAGCACUUUCUUGACUGCUUCUGCAGUGAACUCGUCGUCACUUCCAUUUUUGCCAGG